CGACGCAAACGACGUCCUUCAUUUACCACGCGCACGAAUAGUGAAUUCAUUUUCCAGAUCACAUAUAGCUUCCGCUCAUUCUCUGAUAUAGUUGAUCUUAAGUGAAAUCUUCAAAGUCGGCCAUCAUGUCUUUCGAACCCGUCAUGCCUCCCUUUAACUCGAGCGAUCCAUCCGCCAACUUCCUCAGCUCCUCCUGUCUCGACUUUCUCCUUAUUGAGCUCGUUCCUAUGGCCUACCGCGUAACUCAUGAGCGAGAUUCCAUCGCAUCAGAAUCAAAUGGCGCACCCGCAGAUACCGCCUCCACUAGCCAUGCAGUAAGCUCCAGCGCAGCCGGAAUAAUGGCUGGUACCGCGACAAGGAAGGACGAGGAAGAGGAUAUGGACGCAGUGCACUAUCGCCUUGAGAUGUUGGGGUACAGAGUUGGGCAGGGCCUCGUAGAGAGAUUCUCAAGAGACCGACCACGGUUCAACGACACACUCGACGUCAUCAAAUUCCUCUGCAAAGAUCUUUGGACGUUGGUGUUUGGCAAGAAUAUUGACAAUCUGAAGACAAAUCACAGAGGAGUCUACGUAUUGACCGACAACCUAUUCCGACCCUUCUCGCGCAUGAGCACAGAAGCUGGCGGCCAAGCAAUCGUUCGCGCACAACCGUUCUUAUGGUUCCCAUGCGGUGUCGUACGGGGUGCAUUGGCUGCCCUUGGAAUCAAUACCAGUGUCCAAGCUGAAAUCAACGAGUUGCCGGGUGCCGUGUUUCAGAUUAAAACCAUACCAAACAAGCCCUGAAGGAUUUGUCUGUCUAGCUAUAAUACCAUGAUACCCUUCUACCAAGCCUAGGCACAGCACGCCAAACAUCCGACCAACGAGUGCCAUGAACGCGCAAGAGCUAAAUUUCGUCAUGGUUUAGACCAAUCCUUGACCAAAACUCCAAUCAUACCUGCAGCAGUCCCCAAGAU